AUGGAGGAUAAAACAUUUCUUGAAGGCUUUGAAUGUAUGUGUCCCUUAGAAGAUAAUCAAGAGCCUCCACAUGUUGUUACUCCAAAGAUUAAACUGCCUAAAUUAGACUGUGCUCUCGACGGACGCAGCGAGACGUCCCUGGAGAGCCGAAGAGGAACGAUGGGUUUUUGCUGGAGCGGAGAGUGUGCCAUCAGGCCUUGCUGGGCAGGCCAUUAUAUGCCCUGUCGUGCUGGUUGGGUGGGCCCCACUGUGCUGCUCUGCAUCUAUGGUUUCUGCUCCAUGAUGAGGCCCAUAGAGCCCUUCAUGACAGAGUUUCUCACGGGAACUUACAAGAAUCUCACCACCGAGCAGGUGACUAGACAGGUGUAUCCUGUGUGGACUUAUUCCACCCUGGUUCUCCUCAUCCCUGUCCUCCUGGUGACAGACUACCUCAGGUACAAGCCUGUAAUCAUCCUCCAGGGGCUCACCUAUGUCACAUCAUUUCUGUUGGUACUAGUUGGCUCGGGGGUCCACUCAGCUCAGUUGGCUUUCUUCAUCUACAGCAUUGCCAUGGCAGCAGAUGUGGCUUAUUUCUCCUACAUUUACAGUGUGAUCCAGCCCAGCUACUAUCAGAGGGCGACCAGCUAUGUCAGAGGUGCCAUACUUGUGGGCUACGCUGUGGGUGCCCUGCUAGGUCAGCUGUUAGUGUCUUUAGGUGGGGUGUCCUUAUAUUGCUUAGGUGUUGUGACUCUCAUCUCAGUCUCUGUUGCACUGAUCACCUCCCUUUUCCUGCCAAUGCCUGAGACUAGUUUAUUUUAUAAGGAAACAUAUUCUGAACAAAAGAAAAACUCAAAUGAGGACACUAAGGACUCUGAAAGCCAGGACUCUUUCAUCUGGGUGAGGACCAUAAAGACUACCAAGUAUGUUUGGAGGAUGCUAAAAAGGCUCUUGUUGGACUGUAAGAAAUGUUAUUCCUCCACAGCUUUGCUCUUCCUUUGCAUAUGGGCAGCCACAGGGAGGUGUGGCUUCUACCAGGUGACGGGCUACAUCCAGAUCCUCUGGGUCUACGUGCAGCCACAUAACUCCACAGCCUACAAUGGAGGGGUAGAUGCCGUCAGCACAUUGUCAGGAGCUGCUGCCUCGGUUGCUGUGGGCCACAUGACGCUGGAGUGGUCUGUGUGGGGGGAGUUGGUCCUGGGGGGUUUCACGUUCCUGAUCACUGGCGCUCUAUUCCUGAUGGAUUUCACUCAUAACAUCUGGAUCAGCUACACUUGUUAUUUCCUCUUCCAAACUGUUUACAUGCAGCUCAUCACCAUCUGCACUUUUCAGAUAGCCAAGGCACUGACCAGAGAGCGCUAUGCAUUGGUAUUCGGCAUUAACAGUUUUGUUGGCACAGUGCUGCAGAGUCUCCUCACCGCCAUCGUCAUCAACACCAAGUCUCUACAGCUCACCAUCACUUCCCAGUUCUUUAUCUACGCUUCGUUCUUUGCUGCCAUUUCCCUGCUUUUCACACUGAGAGGUGUGUAUACUGUAAUCCACGCGGGCCGGCCUGCUAGCGAGCAUCAGCCAGAGAAGACAACCCGCCUGCCAGAGGACUUACAUCAGUGA